AUGGCACUGGUCCACGCGACAUUCAAGGGAAUGUGCCGUUCGCCGUGGGAAGCCGUGCGCUUGGCCGCACGGUUGAUCGCCGUCGUGAGUUCAACUGCCUGCUGCUUUGUUGCGCGAGGGUGCAAGCCGAGAUACCAGAACUGGACCCUCGGCUUUGAAGUAGUGUGUGCGGUGAUCCGCGAGUGCACGCGGGGACCCCGUGGCAAGCUCAUGGUAAUGAACGCCCAGCAUGCACGUGCCCUUCGAUCGCAGAGCGCAGCGUUUGGCACCUUGCUGGGCUGGUUUGCCUGUCGACAGCACGGCCGGCGUCUCGAAGCAGUGCACGUGAACAACCUCGAGCACAUCUGGCUUCGGUCGACGCGGUCAGCGGCCCCCGUGGCGGCCAAGCGCUUUGUCGUGCUCUACAUCCACGGCGGCGGGUGUGCGCUCAUGAGUCCUCGCUUCUACAUUGCGUUUGGCGCGACACUCGCCGCCGCAAUUGAGAAGGAGCUGUGCCGUCAACUCGGCACGAACGAGUUGAUCCACGUGGACGUCUUCCUCGGAAACUACCGCAAAGCGCCGGAGCACUGCUUCCCCACGCCGCCGAACGACGUCGUGACAGCGUACAAGUACCUCAUUGAUACCGAAGGGAUUGCUCCCAAGCAGACGAUUCUUGCAGGGGACAGUGCCGGCGGUGGCCUCGUCAUGUCGACGAUCCUCCGACUGCGAGACGAGAGCCACGCGCUGCUGCCGUUAGCUGCGACGCUGAUCUGCCCCGCAGUGGAUCUGUCCGAGGUCGAAGCCCAAGGCGACCCAGCCGUCUCGUCCGCUCGCUGUCUCUUGUCUCCCGAGAUGAUUGCGGCCGGUCGACUGGGCUACCACACGACAGCAGCGGACCCCACAACGUGGCUCGACGCUUCAUCGGUUCACUGUGAUCUCCGUGGCCUCCCUCCGGUCUUUGUCCAAGCUGCAAGCUAUGACUAUAUUUACCAACACGCGGUGCGACUCGCCCAGAAAGCCAAAGCAGACGGCGUGACCAACUGGGAACUCGACGUGCACGAGCAUCUGCCGCACGUGUUUACGAUUUUCCCGACCUUUGUGCUUCCCUACGCACAAGUUGGCGUGCAGCGGUUAGCGGUGUUUGCUGCAAAGCACAUUGCCCAGACGUUGGACAGUCCACUGUUUGCUGCAACGCACAAUGUCCAGGCACUGGACAGUCCUGUGCUUACUGGUCCGCCUUGA